AUGAGAACACGUUGGACUACGCAGCAGCCAGCGGCCCGGGGUGACAUUCACUUGGUGACACCUACACCUUUAAUCUGCUACCUCAAUAAAAGGUUGACAAAGCGCUGGUGCAGCAGAAAACGCAAACGCAUAUCUUCAAGAAUAAACGCGUCGCUCUCUGCCUCCACACACAGCAAUAUCCGCAACCUGCCAUCGACAACUCUGCCUCGCAAUGUUACGUAUGAAGUCCGUCAUUGGGUGUUGUCUCUACGCACUCUGUCUUCCUCUGAAUCACUGGAUUUUGCUGUAUUUUUUCCAGAGCGUGCUAUCCAUAAUUCAAAGGUGCGCGUUGCGACAGCGAGAACGUUCAGCGAGAUUGCGCCAGUACUUGCAGACUUUACCCUACCACGUAGAAGAAGCGCAGUCCUGAUUGAAGGAAGGCGAAAUCGCAUUUGGAAGACGAGCAUGGCAGCAGAUGAUGCCCAGGAUCUCCAGCUGGCAGUGUUGAACAUGUUGGUUCGGACGGCGCAGACCGAAAUCGAGGUCGUUGUUGGGCGAGGAAGAUGGCUUGAUCCGCUACGGCAGGAGCAACAAAUGUGGAUGAUCAAUCGAGAAAAACGAGAGACGAGAGAGGCGUUGGCCAAGCUAUCGAUCAGCGGGAGCAACGACCAAGGCGGCAUUGAAACGCCGAUCUAG